CUCUCCACACGACGCUUGUUCAUCCUCCAGGAUUCUCACCGGAUCGGCGUCGAUCAGCUCCGUCCAGUCCGUUGCCUCGGAUGAAAAAUAGGAAACAAUGAUAGGCUACAGCCUUUGAAGAUGACGCGUAUAGCCCAGUCUCUCUGCUAUGACCGACCAGCCGAUCCCUUACAGAAGCGGGGAUUUCUGUAGAAAAACCGCGGGAGUAUCACUAAUCCGUCCGUUACAACGUCUGGGUGACAAGAGAUAAAAGGCAUUGCUUCUCGCUGUUGUUGAUUCUCUCGCCAUUACAAAUACCACUACUACCAUUGAAAGUUGCCAGCCACUCACUGGGUCUCCCUCAAGAUGCUGCCUUUUUCCGGCCUGCUUCCCUUGGCAGCCAUUGCGGUUCUCGUCCGCCUGGUGCUGUCGGCCUUUUCUUCCUGGCAGCAUGCGCGAAAGGCCCGUCAAAUGGGCUGUCGGCCGGCUCCAAUACACCCCGGCGAUCCAUUCGGCAUCUCCGGUUUAGUGUCGACUGUCCGAUACGAUCGAGAGAAGCUGCUGCCGGAAAUGGUGGAGGAUCGAGUGGCAACCAUGGCCGAAAUUCAUGACCGAGUUGUAUCGACGUAUCGAGUCCGGCUGAGCUUCCAGGACCAUCUGUUCACCGUGGAUCCAAAAAAUAUCCAAGCGGUGUUGGCGACUCAGUUCAAGGAGUUUGGGUUGGGGAGCUUGCGCAUAAAGAUUUUCGGCCCUCUCUUAGGGCAUGGUAUUUUCACCUCAGAUGGCGAAGAAUGGUCCCAUGCAAGGGCAUUGCUUCGACCGCAAUUCACCCGGAGCCAAGUCAGCGACCUGGACCUCGAGGAGCGCCAUGUCAGAAAUGCAAUGCAGGCACUCCCCGUGGGAUACGAUGGGUGGACCUCGGACACCAACAUCCAGGCUAUCUUCUUCCGGCUCACCAUUGACUCUGCGACGGAAUUCCUGUUCGGAAAGAGCUGCGAGAGUCAGCUCGCUGCUCUUCAUAGCAACACCGGCUUAGGCACCAACGAUUUUGCCUACUGCUUCGAUCGAUCCCAGCAGUUCAUAGCAGAAAAAGUCCGAUAUGAGAAGAUGUACUGGCUCUUCAACCGCGAAGAGGACCGCAGGUGUCAGAAGGUGGUCCACAACUUUAUCGACCAUUAUGUGGAGUCAGCGCUGAGAAGCGCUCGAGGAAAGGCGAAUAAUGAAAAGGCCUCCUCCAAUGAUGAAAAGCAAUCGACCCCCUACGUGUUCCUAGAAGCCCUAGCCGCCUCCACGCAAGAUCCUCUCGAACUGCGUGCGCACCUAGUCCAUAUCCUUCUCGCGGGGCGAGACACGACCGCAUCCCUGCUCAGCUGGGCGGUGCUCCUCCUCGCCCGCCACCCGGAGAUCCAGCAAAAGCUCCGCCAGGUCAUCCUCGACGAAUUCGGCACCUACACCCAGCCGCAGAAGCUCACGUUCGCGGCGCUCAAAUCAUGCCAAUACCUACAGUAUUGUCUGAACGAGACCCUCCGACUCUACCCCGUUGUGCCCUUCAAUCGCCGCGAAGCCCUCCGCGAUACCACCCUCCCGCGCGGCGGUGGACCGGAUGGUCUCUCGCCCGUCUUCGUCCGCAAGGGCCAGAACGUCCUCUACAACCCGCACGUCAUGCACCGCCGCAAGGAUAUCUGGGGCGAGGACGCUGCAGAGUUCCGUCCGGAGCGCUGGAACGCUCGCAAGGUCGGCUGGGAGUAUAUCCCUUUCAACGGGGGGCCGCGCAUCUGUAUCGGACAACAGUUCGCCCUUACCGAGGCCGGAUACGUCCUUGUCCGUCUGUUGCAGCGGUUCGAUUCCAUCGAAGACGUGGCUCCGCAGCGCAGAAUCCGCUACAACCUCACGCUGACCAGCUGUCCGGCUGACCCGGUGACGGUGCGGAUGCAUGAAGCUGUCAAUUAGGUAGAUCUUCUUUAGGUUCUUUUCUUGUGUUUAUGAUUACUUCUUAUGAUUAGUAUUAUAAUAGUACGUCUUUAUUUCUUCUACUCGAC